AAAAUAAAAAUAUUUUUGAGAAAAAAUUGACAGUAUACAAUUUCGAUUCCACAAAAUUUAUUGCCCUCACUGUGAUUUAUCACAUCAUUGGACAUCUGCAAUUCAAAAUCUUUUCGUGCAAAUGUUUGCUGGUUUCUUUUCCUCGACAUAAAUCCGGGCAUCCUUUCGCUGGUUUUUAACAUUCAACUGAACACGAAGUUUGGAACCACCGCACUGAAGUUUAUAAAUCGCGUUUUUUGCUUAUAUUUUUAUUUUAAUAAUUUUCGAGAAAAAAAUCGUAUUGGUAUGCUGUAUGGCGACGGCGAUGGAAAAUUUUUGGCUUGCACAACAAAGCCCGCAGAUCGGCGCAUUGAUAAAGAAACAUCUGCCGUGGUUGCAGGCUAAACAAAAACAGUUAUACGAUUUGUUAAAUAAUGUGCCGCAACGCUUUAUACUCUGCUUUUUCGGUUUCCUCGCCAUCGUCAACGCCUACACAAUGCGUCACUGCCUGGACAUCGCCUUGACGCAUAUUGUGGCGCCUCAAGAGCGACGCACGCUCGUGCCGAAUUUCGAUCAAAUCAAAAUGAGCGAAUUCAAUAUUUACAAACGUAUGGAGCAACAUCGUAAUGGCAGCUUGACGAGCUUCGCACGCAGAAAACACGAACGCCUCGGCUACUAUGAUUGGUCUGAUCAAUUACAAACCUUCAUACUGAUCUCCUUUUAUGUGGGCUAUGUGCUCUCGCAUGUGCCGAGCGCGCAGCUGGCUAUACGUUAUGGUGGCAAAUGGGUAUUAGCCAUAGGCAUGGCCAUAACCGCUCUACUUACUAUAUGCACACCGUUUGUGGUUAAAUGGGGUGGCCCAGUGGCGUUGAUGGCGUUACGUUUGCUAAUCGGUUUGAGUGAGGGGCCAACUUAUCCGGCAUUGAGUGAGUUACUGUCGAGGUGGGUGCCCGGUAAGGAGCGCGCUACGCUUGGCUCACUCGUUCUGAGUGGCAGUCAAAUUGGUAUUUCAAUGGGGAAUUUCAUAGCUGGUCUACUAUUGCAUCGUUACGAUUGGACAUGGAUUUUCUAUUACUUUGGUAUAUGCGCUUUGCUGUGGUUCAUUGGUUUCGUAAGUAUCUUCCUAUGUUACAAUACGCCAGCAGAAAAUCCAUAUAUCAAAGUGAUGGAAAAAGAAUAUCUAGAGAAAGAGAUUGGUUUAGCCAAGCGUUGUCAACAAAAAAAGGCAACAACUCCUUGGAAGCAUAUCUUUAGCAAUAUACCUAUGUGGGCUUUGAUCUCUGCCACCGUACAAUAUGAUUGGACGCAACUUCAAUACGCCGCUGAGGUGCCACAGUUCAUCAGAGAUGCAAAAAAGCAACCAUUACUUGAGAACCUCCUCAACGGUUUGCAGAACCAAAUGCCCUACAUUGUGAAUUGGCUGUUGUCCGUGCUAUCCGGCGUACUCUCGGAUCUACUUGUAAACUAUGAGAUAAUUUCCGUGACAGUUGUGCGCAAGCUGAUGACAAUUGUUGCUGCCGUAGCACCGAAUCUCUACAACAGCCUGUUACCAUGUCUGGGUACCAACGAGGGCAGCGACAUCUUUGCCUUCUGUCAUUGCGCCAUAAAUGUUCUGGGCAGCUAUUAUGCGGGCAUAAAAUUGACGCCAUUGGAUAUGAGUCCAAAUUUCGCAGCCACACUCAUGGGCAUAGCUAACGGCAUUGGCUCGUUGACGGGCAUUGUUGCGCCCUUUAUUCAGCGUUCAUUUGGCGGUUGGCCACGGUUUAGAGUUUUACGUGCAAUCUUGUGGCUAAUAUCCACACUGCUUAUAUCCGGCGAGAUUCAGCCCUUCGAUCAACUCAUUCCUUUGGCGGGAGAAUCAAAUAAAAGUGCUUAAAUUUAUCGAUGUAUUUAUUCUAAUAAGCGAUUGCAAGCUAAAGUGGAUGUGUAUUCCCUACAAAGAGAAAGACAAAUUCAAUAAAGAGGGAAAUAUUUAGGUAAAA